AAAUAUAGCCACUGCGAAGUCAUCUUUUGUCAAUUUAACAAUAGCUUGAUUCCCAGGCUACGAUUAAUCUUUUCUUCUUUUUGUCAAUUUAACAAUAGUCAUCGUUUGAUCGGUAUCAAUGGCGGCGACACAAGCCAGCCUUCUAUUGCAAAAGCAACUGAGAGAUCUGGCUAGGAAUCCGGUGGAAGGAUUCUCGGCGGGUUUGGUGAACGAGGAUAACGUGUUCGAGUGGGAGAUCACGAUUUUGGGAUCUCCGGGGACGAUGUACGACGGCGCUUUCUUCAAGGCCAAGAUGAGUUUCCCGAAAGAUUAUCCGGUGAAUCCGCCGACGGUGAAGUUCACGUCGGAGAUGUGGCAUCCGAAUAUUUACCCGGACGGGAGGGUUUGUAUAUCGAUCCUUCACCCUCCCGGCGACGAUCCGACGGGUUACGAGCUCGCGGUCGAGCGGUGGUUGCCGGUGCAGACGGUGGAGAGUAUCAUGGUGAGUAUCGUGUCGAUGCUGUUGAACCCUAACGACGAGUCUGCGGCGAACGUCGAUGCGGCGAAGCAGUGGAGAGAUAAUCGGGAAGAAUUCGCGAAGAGGGUUAAGAAAUGUGUUAGAAAAUCGCAGGAAUUUUUUUGAUAAUUGAAGGGAUGCCAAAUUAGCAGGAUAAAUAAGUAAAUUACUCAGAGGUUUUUGUUUUUAAGCAUCUUAUUUUUAGUACCCUGA